GGGAGCCGCUCAGCCCCGGGAGCCGAGCGCCGAGCCCGCAGCCGGACGGCGACGCGCGCCGCGCCUCACGAAUGCGCCGCGCCCGGCGGCAGCAGCAGCCCCGCACCCAGCGCCGGGUGACCGCCGCGGGCAGCGCGGCCCUCGUAGCGCCCGCUCGGCCGCCCGCGGCUGCCGGACGCGGGGCCAGGCGGCAGCACCGGCGGGGCCUCCGCCAUUAACUCGGCCGAGCGUCGGCCGCAGCGGCGGAGCGGGAGGUCUGUCAGCCGCUCCUCGGCGGCUCCCACAGCGUAAACAUUACCAAAUGAGGAGAAAAGGAAGAUGCCAUCGAGUAUCGGCAGCAAGGCAUUCUUCUUCCCCAUGCAGUAUUAAGCACUCCCCAACACGAGAAACCUUGACGUACGCUCAAGCUCAAAGGAUGGUUGAAAUAGAAAUUGAAGGUCGCCUGCAUAGGAUCAGUAUCUUUGAUCCUUUAGAAAUUAUAUUAGAAGAUGAUCUUACUGCCCAGGAAAUGAGUGAAUGCAACAGCAAUAAAGAAAAUAGUGAAAGACCACCGGUUUGUCUAAGAAGCAAACGCCAUAAAAAUAACAAAGUGAAAAAGAAAAAUGAAGCUCUUCCGAGCUCUCAUGGUAUCCCUGCUACAACAGCUCCUCUUCCAGAACCAAAAGUACGGAUUGUUGAGUACAGUCCCCCUUCAGCUCCUCGGAGACCUCCCAUUUAUUACAAAUUCAUUGAGAAGUCAGCAGAAGAACUCGAUAACGAAGUUGAGUAUGACAUGGAUGAAGAAGAUUAUGCGUGGUUAGAAUUGAUCAAUGAUAAGCGGAAAAGUGAUGGAGUGUCAGUAGUUUCCCAAAAUAUGUUUGAAUUCCUUAUGGAUAGGUUUGAAAAAGAGUCUUAUUGUGAAAACCAAAAGCAGGGUGAUCAUCAGUCUUUAAUUGAUGAAGAUGCAGUGUGUUGUAUAUGCAUGGAUGGUGAAUGUCAGAACAGCAAUGUGAUCCUGUUUUGUGAUAUGUGUAAUUUAGCAGUACAUCAGGAAUGCUAUGGGGUGCCAUAUAUACCUGAGGGCCAGUGGCUCUGCAGACACUGUUUGCAGUCCCGCUCUCGGCCUGUAGACUGUGUGCUGUGCCCAAACAAGGGAGGUGCCUUUAAAAAGACAGAUGAUGAUCGUUGGGGACACGUGGUGUGUGCUCUGUGGAUUCCAGAAGUUGGAUUUGCCAAUACGGUUUUUAUUGAGCCAAUUGAUGGUGUCAGGAACAUUCCCCCAGCCAGAUGGAAGUUAACAUGCUACCUCUGUAAACAGAAAGGUGUUGGUGCCUGCAUCCAGUGCCACAAAGCAAACUGCUAUACUGCAUUCCAUGUGACAUGUGCUCAAAAGGCUGGUCUGUAUAUGAAAAUGGAACCUGUGAAAGAACUAACUGGCAGUGGAACAACGUUCUCUGUGAAAAAGACUGCCUACUGCGAUGUACAUACUCCACCAGGCUGCACACGGAGACCGCUCAAUAUUUAUGGAGAAGCUGAAAUCAAAAACGGUGUUUGUAGAAAGGAGGGAUCAGUCAGAACUGCUAGGUCUACAUCAAAAAUCAGGAAAAAGACAAAAAAAGCCAAGAAAACAGUGGUUGAACCCUGUACAGUUAUGCCAACAGUAUCUGCUCCUUAUAUUCCCCCCCAGAGAUUAAAUAAGAUUAUGAAUCAGGUGGCCAUUCAGCGAAAGAAGCAUUUUGUUGAACGAGUGCACAGUUACUGGUUGCUUAAAAGACUGUCUAGGAAUGGUGUUCCACUCUUGAGAAGGCUGCAGUCCAGUUUACAGUCACAAAGAAACACACAACAGAGAGAAGAUGAUGAAGAAAUGCAAGCCUUAAAAGAAAAAUUGAAGUACUGGCAAAGGCUGCGCCAUGAUCUUGAAAGAGCACGUUUAUUGAUAGAACUUAUACGUAAGCGUGAGAAAUUAAAAAGAGAACAGGUCAAGCUGGAGCAGGUUACUAUGGAGCUUCAGCUCAUUCCGUUCACUGUACUGCUGCGAUCGGUUCUGGACCAGCUGCAGGAAAAGGAUUCUGCUCGUAUAUUUGCUCAGCCAGUGAACCUUAAAGAGGUUCCAGACUAUUUGGAUCAUAUUAAACAUCCUAUGGAUUUCUCUACCAUGCGGAAACGGUUAGAAGCUCAAGGCUAUAAAAACCUCACUGAGUUUGAAGAGGACUUCAAUCUGAUCAUAGAUAAUUGUAUGAAAUACAAUGCAAAGGAUACAAUAUUUUAUAGAGCUGCAGUGCGGUUAAGAGAUCAAGGAGGUGUAGUUCUCAGGCAAGCCAGGCGAGAUGCUGAGGGAAUUGGCUACAACAAUGAAACUGGAAUGCACUUACCAGAACGGCCUAAACUUGAGUCACCCCAGCCUUUCUCUUGGGAAGAUGUGGAUAGGUUACUGAAUCCUGCAAACAGAGCACAUAUGUCCUUGGAAGAACAGCUGAGAGAGCUGCUAGAAAAACUUGAUCUCACCUGUGCAAUGAAAUCCAGUGGGUCAAGGAGCAAAAGAGCAAAGCUGUUAAAGAAAGAAAUCAGCAUUAUUCGCAACAAACUCAGUCAGCAACACAACCAAGCUCCUCAGAUAGAGUCAGGUAUUGGAAGUUUCGAGGAAGAAAGUGCAGCAUUAGAACAAGAUGGAGAAGAAGAAGGAGAUAAAUCUCCCCCUAAACUUGAACCAUCAGAUGCAUUACCUCUUCCUUCAAACUUGGAGACUAAUUCAGAACCACCAACCCUCAAACCAGUAGAACUCAAUCCAGAGCAGAGUAAGCUUUACAAAAGAGUAAAAUUUGAUAAUGAAUUAUAUAGCACUUCCAUUCAGAAAGAAAUAAAUGGACACACUCCAGAACACUUACUUGACAGUAAUCUCAAUGAGUCGACUGUUUCUGCUGUAGCUGAGUCAUCAACUGAUGUAAACAGACGUACAUCCAUUCUCUUCUGCAAAUCGAAAAGUGUAAGCCCCCAAAAGUCUGCAAAGAACACUGAAACCCAGCCAACUUCUCCACAGCUAGGGACCAAAACCUUUUUGUCUGUAGUCCUUCCAAGGUUGGAGACACUUCUGCACCCAAGGAAAAGAUCAAGGAGUGCAUGUGGAGAUUCUGAGGUUGAUGAUGAGUCCCCUGUAAAGCGCUUGGAUACAGGUCUAUCAAAUGGUUUUGGAGAUGAAAGUAAAGAGAGAGCAUUAGAUGAUACUCCUGGAAGAAAAGUUGAACCUCGUCGCCGCUGUGCAUCAGAAUCUAGUAUUUCAUCUAGUAACAGUCUCUUGUGUAACUCCAGUUUUAGUCUCCCGAAGUGCGGUAAAGGUAAACCUGCCCUGAUACGGAGACACACACUGGAAGAUCGAAGUGAGCUGAUUUCAUGCAUUGAAAAUGGAAACUAUGCCAAAGCAGCAAGAAUUGCAGCUGAAGUUGGGCAUAGCAGUAUGUGGAUUUCAACUGAUGCUGCAACAUCUGUUCUUGAGCCUCUAAAAGUAGUAUGGGCCAAAUGCAGUGGAUAUCCCUCCUACCCAGCUCUGAUUAUUGACCCUAAGAUGCCUCGUGUUGCUGGCCAUCACAAUGGUGUUACUAUACCAGUGCCACCUCUAGAUGUACUGAAAAUUGGAGAACAAAUGCAGACCAAAUCAGAUGAGAAACUAUUCUUAGUACUAUUUUUUGACAACAAAAGAAGUUGGCAGUGGCUUCCCAAAUCCAAAAUGGUUCCCCUUGGGAUAGAUGAGACCAUAGACAAGUUAAAAAUGAUGGAAGGACGUAACUCGAGCAUACGAAAAGCAGUAAGAAUUGCUUUUGAUCGUGCUAUGAAUCACCUGAGUCGAGUCCAUGGAGAACCAGUCAGUGACUUCAGUGAUAUUGACUAACAGAGAUUCUCUAGCAAGGCAUGAAAAAUACCCCAGAGACUUGAACUCUACUAAUGAACCUCUUUGUCUAAAAGAAUGUAUUGAAGAUACAACCCCUUAAUUGUUGAUUCAGUGGCUGAGUUCUGCAAACUUGAAAUAGUUGAGCAAUUCUUCUAAAUCACCAUUGCCAUAUUGAUUAAUUAUUUUAUUGUGUUGUAGAUUGGAGGAUUUUCCACUAAACCUGUUAAAAUGUCUUGUUCAUAGUGUUCAUAAUUGUACAUAAAUGUAUAUUCAACACUUAACUUAUUCUGAUUUUAGAAGUAGCUCCUUAAUUCCUUUUAUAAUUUUGCUGGGGAGGGAAUUGGUUUUUGUUUUUUCCAUGCUUUUUACUUUUUUUCUUUUCUUUCUUUCUGAGUUUAAGUUACCUAAGCACCAUCUUCCAGCUUGAGGUGUUUAGUUGAUCUUAAAGCCUAAUAUCAAAAUGGCAUCAAAUAUAUGUUUGCCUAAAUCAUAUACAGUAUGGUGCUGCUUGUAUCAUUUCUUCCUUGGUCUGUAGCUUCUGAAAAAGACUUCUGAAUGUUUGUGUAAAUUGUUGCUCUUUGCACAAAGUACCGCAUAUUUAAGAUUGAUGUAAAUUUACAAUUACAAAUAUGUAUUUUAAGAAAGGAAGUUGCGUUAUUUUGGAGGGUACUUUGUGAGAAAGACAUCAAUAAAAAUUAUACUAUGUACAUCACUUGCAAAUCACCAAAAACACUCCAUUGUUGCCCAAAAUUACUUAAGGUUCUUACUGUUUUAAACAAACCUGGCUUAAAGCCUGCAAGCACAUUAUUUCUUUCAAAACCAUAUCCCAUUUAUCUCCCAUUGGUUUAAUUUUGUUGAUAUGUGUGCCUCCCUGUGUUUUAUUUAUUGUAGAAAAUGUAUUAAUUUGCUUUAUAAUGAAAAAUAAAAUUGACAAAUAUA